AUGGCUUCUACUUCGAAUGUCUCAAACACUGUUCAUUCUUUGGGCAAAACUCUUAUUUCCUUCAAUUCAUCUCAGUUUCCAUUGAAACUUACAUCUCAAAAUUAUCCUACAUGGCAUGCACAAGUAGUUCCUGUUUUGCAUGGUCACAACCUGCUCGGUUAUGUUGAGAGAACGUUGUUACCUCCUUCUCUGUUUGUUCGUCAAGAUGGAAAGGAUGUUCGCAAUAGCAAUUAUGAAUUCUGGAUAUGCCAAGAUCAAUUAAUAUUGGCUGCAGUCAUAGCCUCUAAGAGCUUUUCAGUGAUGCACGUUGUUUCAUCUGCAGAAACGUCAGCUGAUGCAUGGGUAAGGCUUCAAACCUCAUUUGCAAAUCAGUCUGCAAUGAGGAUUCUUUCUCUUCAUGAGAAAUUAUCCAAUUUGAAACGUGAAACAGAAUCUGUCUCUAAGUAUUUGAAGAUUGUUAAAACCAUUUAUGAAGAUUUAGCUUUGUUUGGGAGUCCUGUAUCAACUGUUGAUUUGGUGAUUUAUGUGCUGAAUGGAAUUGGGAGUGAUUUUAAGUAUAUUGCAGCCGCAGUCCGUGCAAGAGAUACCAUGAUUUCUUUUGAAGAACUUGAGGAUAAGCUCCUCUCUCAUGAGCUAUAUCUUAAGCGAGCAGCACCCUCCUUUGAUUUGGUUCCAAUCACUGCAAAUAAUGUUCAGAGAGGGACUUUUAAUUAA